CACGUGACCGUCACGUGACCUGUUAUUCAGCAUGCGCAGUGGGGGGCGUGGCCCUGCCCACAUAGCGCAGCUACGGAAGCCCUUGAGUUUACCCAUCUAGCGAUCGAGCUUCCUGAAAAUGGCCAACUGGGUGAAGGUCGUUGCUGUGCUGAGGAGCGCUGUGAGGAUCCCCGGGGCUCUGAAGCGUCCACCUGUCCGUCGCACCGUCGGCCCUGCUGUUGUGGGCUCUGUCGUAGGAACCGGCCUCAUCUGUUAUUACCAAUAUCAUGCCGACAACUGGACGCUGCCCCUCGCCGUUCACGCCGAGGGACGGAAGGAAGCUGCUGCUGCUGCUCCGUCUCUCUCGGCCAGAAAGAUCCGCUUCAACACGUUCGCCUCCGUGGUGUACGAGCAGGAGCCAUACAUGACCCCGAGGGACUUCCUGUACUCCGUCAUGCUGGAGAAUGUGGACCGAAAGCUGCAGAAGAAAAUGCUAACAACACAGGAAGUAAAUAAGAUGUUGGUCACUGCCUCUAAAGCGCGGGCUGGUAAUGAUCUGUUCAGAAACAUAGGAGACAAUGGUCUGAUAUCCUACACAGAGUACCUGUUCUUGCUCACUAUCCUUACCAAGCCGCACACAGGAUUUCACAUAGCAUUCAAAAUGCUUGAUGUUGAUGGCAAUGAGCAUGUGGACAAAAAGGAAUUUCUCAAGCUCAAGAAAAUUCUUAGGAAAAGUAAAAUCCGAGUUCCUAAGGAGAGCACAGAGAAACCAGCAGAGGAAGGGGGGGGUGUGAACACAACGCUACAGGCCUACUUCUUUGGGAAGGAUGGAGAAAACAAGUUGCAGUACCAGGAGUUCCAAAGGUUCAUGGUGGACCUGCAGGCUGAAGUCCAGGAGAUGGAGUUCCUGCAGUUUUCCAAAGGUAUGGACACCAUGCGAAGAGAAGACUUUGCAGAGUGGCUGCUACACUACACCAAUGAAGAAGACAAUGAAGUCUACUGGGAAAACGUGAGGAAGAAGAUCCCGGCCGGCCAGAGUAUCACAUUUGAUGAGUUCAAAGCCUUCUGCCUGUUCACCAACAAUCUGGAGGACUUUGCCUUUUCAAUGAAAAUGGUCACCGAAGCCAACCGUCCUGUUGGAAUGGCCCAGUUUAAGCGAGCUGUGAGGAUCGCCACAGGACACAAUCUGUCUGACAAUGUCCUGGACACUGUAUUUAAACUCUUUGAUAUGGAUGGGGACAACUGUCUGAGCCAUAGGGAAUUCCUUGGUGUGAUGAAAGACAGAGUCCUGCGAGGGCUGAAGGUGCAGCCUCAGAACGGCUUCUCUGGCUACUGGAAGUGUGUGAAGCAAGAGACACUGAAGGGAGCUAAGGAGGCCUUGGGAGACACCGGCUGCCCCAUCUGAACCAACAUGUUGCAGGAGACGUCUCAUAGAUGAUAGCUCAUUUUUCUUUCCUUCUAAUCAAAUAAGUGGCAAGAACAAGAUUAUAAAUAUAACCACAUGUAAAGAAACUUAAGGAUUUACACCACUGUCUAUUGUAUGAUGUUUACACAGAAGCAAAGCUGAUGUCCAUUAGCUCACCCGUUGGGGUUGUGUUGUUUACUGUCAUUUUCUUAAUCAAGUCAUGCAUGUUACAGAGUGGAGGUGACUUUCGAAUUAAUUGUGGACUUUGUCACUCCCAAGCAGCUUGUUUACAAAACUGUUAAACUUCAUGUCAAGGGAUAAAUGCCAAUUGUCUUCAUGUUGACACAUUUCCAUUUUCAUAGACCCCAUACAUUGUUGGGUUUUGAUGGUAUUUUCAUAUUGAGCAAUAAAGUUCCAUGUUAAAAAAUG